AUGUUAUUCUUACCAAUACCAACACCCAAUACCAUAAAAUCACUUGUUAUAUCUUAUGUUUAUACGGUUGGCUUGCUUGUAACUGUAGAAGUAUAUCAAAGAAAAUUCAAUGUACCAUUAUACAUUUCACGUAAAAUAAUUCAUAUUGGCGCUGGAACUUAUUUGUUUUUUCUUUUGCAUUUGUUUGAACAAUGGGAGUAUGUGGUACUCUUGCCCGCUAGUUUUGUACCGCUUAACUAUAUAUCCUAUAGGAUAAGACUAUUCAAAUCUAUGG